AUUAAAUAAGACCUACGAUGUAACAUUUUCUUAUAAGAAUGGGCUAUGCACAGGGAGUCAUCGCAACCGAAACUCAGACAUUCUGGCUCCAGUGGGUUGAGGCCGCGUUCCCUGAUCUCGAGUCACAGGCCUACUUCCUGCCUCCUGUCUACGUCAACCGCGUGCCUAUGACCAGGCAGUCUGUUGGUGGUCAGGAUGUUUGGGUUCUUCAGCAUGCACCCGGACAAGCUUGUCAGUCCAUGGAGCCAGCGACAACUCCACCAGUUGUUUCCAUUUCUCAGCCUUUUCUCGUUCAGGACAGUGACACCAGAGAUGAUGCAGCCAUGCAGCGGGUACUCCUCCAUCUUCAGAGAUUGUUUGACCAGAACGGAGAAGUGUUGGUCGGAAUAAGUCAGCUUCAGUUCGGACAGUACCUGGGUGAACCUUGUUAUGCUGCCGAGGCUGCCCAGCUCCCCCUACCCGCCAACCUUCCUCCUGAUCUGCCAAGAAACUGGAAAAAGGGAGACUUUGAUGUGCUUCUUAUUCACCGACAUUACGGGUUUGUCGUCUGUGAGGUGAAGUCUUUUGGUGAAAAUGUUAGGGAACUUGACUUAACACAGCAGGAUAUAAACAGUAACAUUAAAAGGAAACUGAGACAGGCUGUGUCACAGCUGGACAAGGCGGAGGCCAUGUUGUCUCACCUGGUGUCUGAUGUCUGUCCCGAUCUGCGCAUCACUAAGACCAUCGCUGUCCCUAAUCUCCCAACUGCCUGGGUACAACAGGCUAUAUCUGAUGAUCCCCAGCUGAGCCAAGACCUGUGUCGGUGUCUGGGAACAUCAGACCCCGCCGACAUCGCUGGUCUGUGUCUGUGCUGUGAUCAGCUGUCUGACCCCAAGACCCCGUGUGACGUCAGUAGUCACGUGCUGAGGGAACUCGGACACUGGUGGCAGCGACGUGUGGCUGGGGCUGGACCUGACCGUCACAUGACCUUUGAUCUGUACAAAACUCUUUUAGCCAGGUUCUGUGGACCAGCGACUACAGUGUCUGUAAAAUGCAUAUUUCCUCCACGUGUGAGUGUGAAGACCCUGAGUCAGGCCGUGUGGUGGACAGGAGAGUGCUAUACUGCUGUAAUCACACUCUUCCCGGAGCAAGUUCACCUGCUACACACGGCGCCUCCCACACUCUUUGUCACCGGACCGCCCGGUACAGGUAAAACUGUGGUGCUGCUGCUGAUGGCCAUACAGUGGCUGCGGUGUGGUCACCACGUCUACGUUGUGUCUACAUGGAAGGGUAGUCGCUUGGCGUGUAGAGUGCUGCAUCACCUGCUGCUGCAGACGAUAAAGGAGGAUCCGACAACAGCGGUAUCAUCUGAACAUCUUCAUCUUCUGGAAUAUGAUUUCUUUAACGAUAAGAAAGAUGCGGACAAGGCAGUGAAAAACUUAUCACAGGCAGCGACAGGAGGGGAAUUAUUUGUCAUCGCGGAUGAAGCAGGACCAAAGCAUGAUGUCCAGACCUUCCUUGACAAGCUGCUGACACAAAUUCCUCAGCUUCAUCUUUGGGCAGCAAGUUAUUACCAUGAAGCUGCCCCCCGUGGCUGGCAAGAGGAACAUCUAACCAGACCCCUUCGCUGUCCCCCGACCGUCGUCAGGGAAGUGGAGAAGGACAGCGAGAUCACUGAGUACCACGUUGUCCACCCGUACAGUAAGCGAGGUGUGGCCGACCAGACAGACGGCCCGCCAGUCACACGACUGUAUCACCGAGGUCAGGGCCACACAAGUCACCUGCCGCAAGACUGUGUCACAUGCGGUCGUGAGGUGGCCAGCUUCCUACACAGUCUCCGUGUUGAUGCUACAGAGAAUGGCCAAGCAUCUUCAGAAACUUCCAGAAGUGACAGUACACCACUUCGUCUGCAGUGGCGAGACAUGUUAAUGCUGUACUGGGGUGACGUCACCGACAUCUCGGGUAUGGUGACAGGACUGCAAGAAGCGGGUAUCCCAGUGAAGGUGAUGAAGGAUGAUGACAUCGAGGACGUGGCCACGGCCCGCAGUGACGUGGUGUGGGUGGCCAGCGGAGAUCGUGUUCGUGGUCUGGAGAGGAAAGUCGUGGUGUGUCUGGAGCACCAUACAAUCUUUGUCCCACUUCAUUGGAUGUCCCGGUGUACGUCACAACUGGUGAUUGUCUCUCCUGACGAUUAGCCAUGUGAACACGAGCCACAGUCGUACCUCUGUCACGUGAUGUAGUCUUGUGUGUCUCUACCUCUCUCACACCAACGCUGCAUUCCCUACUUCUUGUCUUCUUUUCUCAGCUGAUCUCCAUAAUAUCAUCAUAUCUAUAACAUAUUGUGCUAUUAUUUUCAAAACUAUGCCCAUUCAAGCUGCACUUUGACAUGUGUCUCUGUACUUUUACAGCAAUAUAGCUAUAGUAAUAUAGAUACUACUGUGUAUAGAAUAUUGUAUAUACUCGACACGCUCAGUCGAGAAGCAUUUGUCAAUACCCUUGUAAAUACAAAAACACUUUAAGGUAUUUCUAAUAUUUAAAAAAAAUAUUUGUCCAUCUAGGAACGGACUGAACUGAACAAAAAGAUUUCGAGGCCUCUAGAAUGUUGGCAUUAAGAUUGAGUCAAUGAUAUUUAGAUAACACAAAAUAAAAGAUGCAAUGAGCAUUCUUGAAUUUGAGGUUUGUUAGAAACAACGCUUAGACACAAAGGAAUUUGAGGAUGUAUAUACUACAAGUCUGCUGUAUCUGCAGUGAUGUCACAGUAGUACAAAUGUGAGGUUGUUGUGUGUCUAGGUACAGCUUGUAACAUCAAGACUACACGCUCACCUGUCAUUACCUGUCCAUGUCAUUUACUACAGGAGACAAAUCACCCAUUCUCCCCACCCCUCCCCCUCCCAGUACACGUGACUGUCAGUCAGACAACUGGAGUCAGACCAUGAUGCACGUGGAGUUCAAUGACCUGAGAUUCUGCUUCUGCUGGGGUGGCCCUGCCUGGCCAUUUGUUACCCUCUUAGGCUGUUGUCCACCAUGUUGUGACUGUGA